AUGAAAAGACGUGAUGAUUUUGAGAUGAGACAAAUGCCUACUUCAUCACACAGAAUGACGUCAUUUCCACCUGUAACUUUAUUCAAUCCCAGUAACCAAGCAGACUCCAGUGCUUUCGCUUUCAAAAAUCCCAAUUACAAUCCUGACAACUGCAAUGUGGGCUCAGAACGUGCUCAGAAUUAUCCAACAUUCAGAACAGAAACUAGUCACCUAACUGUUGAGGAAAGUGACGAACCCCAUCAAGACUAUUCGCCUGAAGUUGCAAGAAGAAUACCACCAGUAGCAGCAGCAGCAGCAGCAGCAACAACAACAGCAGCAACAUCAUUGCCAUCUCGAAAAUUGUCAAAUGUACCGGAAGAUGAAGAGAGCGGUUUUGGAAGCUUGGGUAGAAAGACAUCACCAUUGCAAAAGCAGGAACAGGCAGAGAGACAAACGCUUCUAUCAAACCCGAACGAUAUCGAAGACUGUGAAGAAACUGAUGAGCAGCCAUCAUGUCUAGACGGGCUGGGUGAACGUAUGACGAAAUGUCUCAAGGUGAUGACGUACAUCUUUCUGCUGGUCACAGUCCUCGGCUGCGUGGUCGUCAGCAGAACGACGCUGUUGUACAUGACUCACGAGUACGGGAAAGUGAAGCACGCGGGAAAACAGCUGUGGAGUGACCACUACACCUACCUGCUGGUCGUCUGUCUGAGUCUUCCUGACUUGACGAAGCUCGUGUCCUGUAGCUUUUCGCUGGCCUUUCGGACCGAGGCUCGACCGUCACUUUCUGUCGUCAUCGUGUAUUGUAUUCAAGAAGGGCUGCACAUAACCACUGUGUAUGGCUUUGUCUACAGAGUGCUUCCAUGUGUGGACAGCAUCAGCGCAUGCGCAUUCAUGGUGGCAACAGGAUUUGCUCCUUUCAUUACAAACAUUGCUUUAUCUUGGCGACGUAAUACUUCAAAUCAACACAAACGCAAUACAUCUGACACGAAGGUCACUGGACGUGGCACUUCAAACCUCUCGGACAAAACAACGCCCAACUCUAACCGUGAAACAUCUGUGUUUGGUAAAAUAGCAAUACUGCUAAGACGUUAUGUCAAUUGUUUCAAGGUUUUCUUCUUAAUGUUACAGAUGGCAUCUGCGUCCUUGUGUUUAUAUUCUCUGUUCGUUGAUACAAAUACCCACAAACCGAUUAAAAGCAGAAAUGAAUUUCUAGCUUGGAGUUUUCUGUUUGUACUGGUGGUCUCGAUGAGAUGGAUAGAGAAUUAUGUUACGGAGACGUCUGACGCAGACGAGAGUUUGGAUGCGACUCCUCGGUGUAUGUCCGUGUUUUCUCCUCACCGCCGUCGUGACGGGAAGACCAAGACAAUGCUGAUAUCUUCUAUAGUGCGUCUUCUCGCAGCUGCCGGUAUACUAAAGCUUUGGCUGGAAGCGAAUCUGGGGAAUCCACUUGAAGCAUUUUCUGUUUCUAGUUCAACAUCACCAACCGCGGUCAACUCUUCGUUAGCUGGCAGUGUAGGGUUCGUAAACACGUCCGAAUCGUCACUGACAACGUCGUUGCCAAAGACGCUGUUUACAACGACUACGGGAGUCGGUGAGAACAUCUUGGAAUCCAACGAAACCAUGACAGCGUUUACUCUGUUUGGGGCUAUCACGCUGCAUUCCACUGUUGCACUAGCUACAGUCCACGUAUUCUCUACAUGGUUGUGUUACCAUCUGGCGCAGCUCGCCUGCAAGUUGUGCAUGCAGACAGUCGCCUUCGCCUUGCCUCUGUGUCUCGCUGGUCCGGCGGUCGUUGUUGUUCUGUUGUUUAUUCCAGACUUCGCCACCUUGUUUUUGUUUUCCGACAACUCAGUUAACUUUGUUUUACCUGAACUGGAUACCACGCAUGUGUUAAUACUGGCAGCGUUUGGAAGUGGUUUUGUUUCACAGAUGUUCCUCUGCCGCCAUGUUUGGACAGAGAUGCCGUCUGAGAGACUGUCAUUUGCAGAAAAGUUAUUCACGCUGCCUCACUACUGCAGUCCUCUUCUGGACCUGUCCCUGCUUCAUAGCAGACGGCGUAAGGACCUGGUGCAGCAGAAACCGCAGACGGACACCGACAGCUUUCCCAUCAUAAAGGCGUGCGCUACGAUGUGGCAUGAAAACGAGAAAGAGAUGACGCAGUUUCUACAGUCCGUGUUUAGGCUGGAUUGUCACCAAGGUCUCAUACGUUCUGCAAAAAACGCAAUGAAGAAGAACGUAGAGGAUUAUUAUGAAUUUGAAGUCCAUAUAAUGUUCGACGAUGCGCUGAUGGAUGAGGUAAGCAACGGAAAGAAGACAGGAAAAAGAAUUCCAAACGAGUACGUGCUACUACUUCUUAGUCUGAUGGAUGAUUCACUGAGCCGAGAGUACAACAAACCCAUAAAACUGCCCGAACCGGUCAAAUACAAAACACCUUACGGAGUUCGUCUGGAGUGGACACUGCCUGGUAGCAACAAAAUGAUUGCUCAUCUCAAGGACAAGACAAAGAUAAAGGUCAAAAAGAGGUGGUCUCAGGUGAUGUACAUGUAUUACUUACUUGGUUUUAAAUUACUGGAAGACCAGCUCCAGAACCUUGAUGAAAUUGACCGCAAAUGAAAAUCAUUGCAGGUAACUCGGACAUACAUUCUGGCCUUGGAUGGGGAUGUGGAUUUUGAACCAAGUGCUCUGUUGUACCUGCUGGACAGAAUGAAGAAGAACCCAGUGGUUGCAGCGGCGUGUGGCAGAAUCAAACCAAAGGGCUCAGGUCCUGUUGUGUGGUACCAGAAAUUCGAAUACGGUGGGCACUGGCUGCAGAAAUCAGCUGAACACGUGUUUGGCUGUGUUCUCUGCAGUCCGGGCUGCUUCAGUCUGUUUAGAGGAAGUGCUCUGAGGACGGUGAUGAAAACGUACACACGGAAACCCACGACUGCACGACACCAUCUCCAGUAUGACCAAGGUGAGGACCGAUGGCUGUGCACACUCCUGCUACAGAAAGGCUACAGAAUAGAGUAUGUUGCUGCAUCAGUGGCUCUGACGUAUGCUCCUGAGAAUUUCACAGAAUUCUUUAACCAAAGAAGAAGGUGGCUGCCGUCCACUAUGGCCAACAUCGCAGAUCUAAUCCAGAGUCGGGCGUCAACAGUGGCAAAAAAUAAGAACAUAUCAAACAUUUAUAUAUUCUAUUUACUAAUUCUAUUUGUAUCUUCCAUUCUUGGUCCAGCAACAGUGCUUUUAGCAAUGCAGUCAUCCAUUGAAACUGUCUUUAGCCUGCCUAGUUGGGCAAGCUAUCUCAUUGCAUAUGGACCGACCAUUGCUUUUGCUUUGAUUUGUUUAUGGUUUACCUCUAGCACACAAAUAGUUAUAGCAACCAUCCUCAGUACUGGAUUUGCACUUCUCAUGCUGGCCGUUAUUGUAGGAACUCUGGUGAGCAUUGCACGAGAUGGUUGGGUUACACCCGACGCUAUAUUCCUUUACAUUUUGAUUGGCACCUUCACAUUAGCAGGGAUUUUAUAUCCAUACGAAAUCUCAGACCUGACAUGGGGACUGCUAUAUUUUCUAUGCAUCCCUGCUGGAUACCUCUUUUUGGUCAUCUAUUCCAUAUGCAAUAUGCACGUAACAUCAUGGGGAACUAGAGAGACAAAGACAUCUAGCACCCAACAAGUGGAGUUGGGUAGCAGUAAUGCGCAAGGCGAUCCAGCUAAUGAGUACCUCACUGAAGCAGCACGGGCUCUUCGAGCGAGACUGCAAGAAGAUGGGGAUAGUGAAGGCUGCUGUAGUUGUAUCACGGAUCUCUUUAGGCGUGCUCGCAGUCGUAUAUCAACGAACGCGAUUCUCCUGUUCGUUCUACAAUCAUUACAGAGGAUCGAGCGUGAGAGAACAGCACUAGUCCAUCAAAACAACGGCAAAGAAAUACCCGUGGAUCUAAGAGGAAAUUCAGUGUGUUCAUCCACCAAGGCAGAUGAUGCCUCUCAAUCUGUUGAGUCACUCGACAAUGAUGACACCACGGAGUGGUUAAGCAGCAACAGAGUCAUACCAGGAGACGUAAGGAAAUUGAAUGAGAAGGAAAAUCGCUUCUGGGAACAUAUGAUAAAAGAAUAUUUAAAUCCGAAGGAUAAGAAGACGGACACUGAAACCGAAGAAGUGAUAACUGCUAUGAUAGAUUUACGUAAUAAGUCGGCGUUUGCUUUCUUUUUCGCCAAUGGACUAUGGUUAGUAAUCAUGACAGCUCUGCAGGAAGUGAAGCAGGAGCUGAAUAUCGUAAUAUACCAGAAAUACGGAGCUCCAAUCAUCGUACAUCCACUGGGGUUGUUAUUUCUGGCCGUGUUCGCCAUUUUGCUUGUGUUACAAAUGGCUGCAAUGGUGAAGCAUAGGUACGGAACAGCACUACACGUUCUAGCCUUCACAAGACUCAAAAGCCAGGUAGAUACGGUGUAUUAUACGAAGAUGAUAUUAGACGAUGAUCAAACAAUUGACAGUCUGCCUUCUUCGGAAAAUAGCUCUGUUUGUGGAACAAAUACCACGAAUCUUCCAAGUGUCAGUGAAGACCAUACCUCUCGGCCGAGUUUGUCCCGUAGAAGGCAUGCUGAGAUAGAAGAUGAUGAAUUUAUAAUGGAUGAAGGAUUCAUACAACACGAUUUCAGACGUCGUUAUGAACAGAGGAGACAAAGAAGACCUAGAAGGUAUGACUCGGACGUCAAUGAGACAUACAAUCGUAAAGUAUAUGACAUACAGUCAGAGUUAAAUAAGAGAUAUAUGACGGUUAAAAGGGAUUAUAAAACAUACCGACAGAAGGCAACGAGCCGGCGUGGACCUCUACCCAUGGACUUUUCACGUAGAGGAAAUGCAUAUUAUCCAUAGAUAUAUUGAUUGGCCUUUUGUGAUAAUUGCAAUAAAAGAGAGACAACUCAGAUGAGACAAAGUUAAUAAUCCAGUCAUUUUUUACAACAUUUACACAUUUU